AUGUCCUCGUCACAAAUACAGGUUUUAUUAGCCGCGCCAGAUCUCAUCCAAGCAGACAGGGUAGCCACAGAGACAUUGAACGCGCAGUUUCAAUCCCUCGAAGACCUCGACCAACUUGAGUCGCUCGUUUUGCAAGCCAAACAGUCCUAUGAUGAACUCAUACCAAAGCUUUCCUCAUCUCAAUCUUACCUCGAUGCCUUGCUAUCAAAUACCCGUUCUUCAGCGGAGGAACAUUUACGCACUGCGAAGGAGCUGGCCAUCCUUCGUCAUUCGCUGGCAGAUGAGUUAUCAGAGCUGUCGUCAGACUUAGUAUCGUCCAUGUCUGGUGAACGAGGGCAGCCAACUCUGCUGGAGGACUUAGAAACCUUGCACAGAAACUUAAAGGAGCUUGAAAGUGUGAAGGGAUAUGUUCAAGUCGUCGAACAUGCGCUGAAAUUGAGCGAGGUUGCGAUCCGAGACUUAGAGUCGGCUUCCGUCUUGACUACUGCCUCUAUCACUGGGUACAUAUCACUCCAAGAUUUUGUCGCGAAGGUCUCCACCACCUGUUCAAAAGUCGAGGUUGAAAAUGGCAACCAAAACCUCCAUCUGGUGACUUUUUUGAACCACCUGAGGGACAAGACUUGGGUGGAUAUGAAAGCGAUAUUGUCAAAGUCGCUUAUAAGCGCUGCAGAAAAUAUUGGUUGGCCCAUGCCCAUCGAUUAUGCUUUUGUGGCACCUCAAUCUAGAAAGGAAUUUGAGGCGGCUUUCCUCAAACUUACCAAAUUGCAAUCAAUUGGAAAGAAUAUUCACAACGCGCAGUUAGAGGAGGGGGGUCUCUAUCCAUUUCAGGCUCUUGUUCAGCCACUCUCCUUGCGUUUUAAAUAUCACUUUCAAGGAACAAGGCAAACUAAUCGACUGGAAAAGCCUGAGUGGUACUUUACCCAUAUCUUGAAUGUCGUCCAUGAACAACGACAAUUUCUUGAAUCCACUAUCCAAAGCUUACUUGCUGCGACCGAGUAUAAAGAGAUUACCGCAUGGCGCGAAUUUACGUAUCUGCUCCUGCCGAUACUCUCUCAAAAGCUGAAGAAGACUGUCCCUCUGCUUCUCUCCCGCCCCUCCUUACUCGCGCAUACAAUAUAUCAAGCGAUUUCAUUCGACGCUUCAAUGGUAGAAGAAGGAUUUCAUCUGGGAGGAACUUCGGCUUUGAAACCGGACACAGAUGCGGCCAAGUGGGACGGCAUUGGAGAGGUGAUACUUGGCAAUCCUGAAUGGUUUGAGGCUUGGUUGACAGCGGAGAAACAGUUCGCGGAGGACCAGUAUCAUGAUAUCGUUAAUGCCCCUGAUGCCUGGUUCAUCGCUGAAGAAGAUGAUGAUGUUGCACUCGCACACAAUGUCAAAGCCACCAACUCUUCAAGACGAGUUAGAUCGCUUGUGGACCAAGUCACAGACCGUUUCUCGCCACUCCCUCACGUCCUUCAAAGAACUUACUUCCUUACGUCUAUACAACUUCCACUGCUUGAGGCCUACCGACUACGCAUUUCGUCUUCCCUAGAAGCUUUUGAGACGUCUUCUUCAGCGUUCGUUCGAGCCGUUCCAGGUGCUCUCGCAGUAUCCUUGACAAUAAGGGAGGAUUCUACGCACGACGAAUCGCAGAGGCUGACAAGUGGAGUGGAGGGGGUUCAACGGCUCUGUAAAGCCUUGCUCAGCGCAGCGUACAUCGAAGCAUCGCUGCAAGACUGGGCUCAGGAACUGUUUUUCUUGGAGCUGUGGGCAGACAUAUGUCGCAACUCGCUUUUGCGCAGCCGCUCAGGGUCAAACUCGCUCUUACCGAAUCCAAGUCCACUUGGUGCAGAUGAAAUUCCGCAGGAGACCCUGUUUGAAGAAAUAAUGUCACGCUACCAAAAGACUAUUCUAAGGGCAACAGAGAUGGUCAUCCAGCAAGUCUGUGGUGAAAUCGAAAGCUAUCUGAAAGCUCAUUUUGUUUCUUCUAUAACGGAGACACAUGACGGUUCCGGGGACGAAAUCUCGCUUUCCCAAACGUUACUGGGUCCUCUGGCUCUGCUUUCCUCGCAUCUCACCUUCCUCCGAACAACGCUGCCGCAGUCCAUGUUCACGACGCUUUACAGACGCAUCGCGACUCGCCUAGCGGAGCAUAUCUUACACCGUCAAAAUUUAUACAGAGGCCAGUUUGAUCUCACAGAGGGCAAAAUUAUUUGCGCAGAAUGUGAGCUUUGGGUAGAGACAUGUCAUACGGCUGUUCGGGGAUCACUCGGCGGCGGACGACGGCGGGUCGAAGCUCCUUGGUUCAAGUUGCUGCAAGCUGGGAGGUUGGUCGGAGCUGAUGGGGAUUCAUGGACAACCCUUGUCAACGCCACGUUUGGGACUCAAACCAACGCAGAGUGGGAACGGGUUAUGUUGGAGACUUUAGGACUAACUGAGCUAGCAAGGGAAGAUGCUGGUCAAAUACUGAGGCGUCGCACAGACUGCCAUGCGUAG